GGACGCGCAACAACAUGGAAGCUAACGUGGUCGUGAUGGGCACGGAGAGCGUGGGCAAAUCAGCACUCACAGUGCGCCUGUUGACGCGGAGAUUCAUAGGAGAGUAUGGAGAUAUUGAGUCCAUCUACAGUCACAGAUUCAUGGUGGAUGGCAGGGAAAUUGCUGUUAAUAUUUGGGAUUCGCCAUAUUCUCAGGACGUCUCGGUGAAGACAUCCCUCCUGGAGAGGAAGCUCCAAUGGGCCGACGGCUUCGUCCUGGCCUACAGCAUCUGCGACCGCGCCAGCUUCAACGCCGUCGUCCGCCUGGUGCACACCAUCAAGUCCGCUCGAGGCCACCCCGACACGGACAAGACGCCCGUGGCCAUCGUGGGCAACAAGCGCGACCUCCACCACCGGCGGACGGUGGCCAGCGAGGAGGGCCGCCUGCUGGCCCUCGACGCCGGCUGCCUCUUCUACGAAGUGUCGGCGGCCGAGAACUACCACGGCGUGCUGGCCGCGUUCCACGGGCUGACGGGCAGAAUGAGGGACGCCAAGCCGUGUGCCAAGAGGCCGCUGGGCCUCAAGGGCAUCGUCAAGAGCGUGUCCGCCGUGUUCGCCAGACGACGGACAGACUCCAUUUAGGAGAAUCGUGGGGGUGUUGAGGGGCAUUAUGGGCAUCCACUGUAGUGUGCCAAAGACAUUCAUGACGGUCGAAGCGUGAAGACAUGAACGUAAACAACACCACGGAGGUUGAUUUGGUUGAACUUAAAGCCAACUACUUGAGAUACUGAUGAAUAGACCACAUAGUACCUUGACAUGUAUGAAGGCUACAGUGGGGCCUUGAGAUAGGAGUGACUCCACUUACAAGUUUUUCGAGAUACGAGCUGUUGUUUGUUCAGCAGACUGGACAUACAAUUCCUGUAUGGUGGCAGUGAACUCAGCUCGCUUCACCGUAAGCAGAACUUGGUGAACAAAUCUACAAAAAAAAGAGGCUUCAAUCUGUUUAUUGCCACGGCCUGUUGAAGUUUACUGUCAAACUAAACAUAAAACAGACUGUAAUUCACAGAUUGUCCAUUUAAAACAACCGCAUAACUUCCUUUCCGUCCACUAGCUAAGACUAAAUAGCAUCUAUGUUGCAGUGCUAUAACUAAGCAAUGGAUUGAACACAAACGGUGCCACAACUCAAGAGACUGACAAUAUAACAGGACUCAUCAGUAUAUAUUCUUUAUCAUCUACAAGGACCGACUAAUAUUAGUGCCGUACUGAUAAGCUGCAGGAGUUCGUACGGCUCAAUGAACGGUGUAGCCGUCUGUCUGUAUUAUACUGCCCCCAGGUGGCCAAGGCGAGCACACAGAAAGCGCUGCACAACAGCCAUUCAAUUGAUGAUGCUGAAUGCAGAGAUGCUGAAUAUUGAAUACUGUUUUAAUGUAUGCAGAUCUCUACAGAUGUUUUUUGCUAGUCGAACUUGCUUGUAAUAAAUUUUGCUUGGACCAACCCAAUCAGACGACAGAAAAAUGCUGAUGUCAUCGAUGGCCAGCGCUCUUUGAUUUUAUGGCAGUAGUCUGACACCAAACUUGUCUUGCAGUCUGUCCAGGCAUUAGUGGAACCUCAGUUUACGAACAAAUCGGUUUACAAAUAAAAGUUUUUUGACAAAUAUUGUUUGGGUUAACACUUCAGCUAUUGUGGAUUUCAUAUCGCUAUUAAGAAGGUGAAAGUUUUGGGAACGUAACCUCCGCCAAAGUCAGACAGACAGCAGCAGCUGGACUGCACGGCAGCUGGAGAGAGUGUCGUGCGAGCUCCAAGGAGAGAUGCACGGCACUCACUCGGCCACGCCGUUUCAAAAAUGCACAAUACAAGAAUGUACUGUAUUGCAGUGUGUGUGAGACUUUUGGCUUCAUCACACUUCCUAAAACCAGUUUGGCACCAAGACACCCCUGCGCUAGUGGGUCAUCAGUGAGCUCCAGUGAACUUGCCGUGACCCUCUCUCACAUUAAGAGGCGAAAAUCCUUUUUGCUCUUUUUCGUUUCACCCAAAACAAAAACAAAAAAGCCAAACAAGGAAUGUGGUAAACUCUCCAUAACUAAAUUUACAAAGUUCCCCCCCAAAAAAUCCAGAUUCAAAGUAACAAAACACAACAAGAAACAUGACAAAAGGAGAAACGUGCAACAACAAUGAUCCGAAACAGACAGAACAAACCCAGGGAAUUAAAUACAAACAAAUUGACAACAGUGACUGGAGGGAGCUGAUUGGUUAACACAAAGUAGCGGGGUUGACGAGAACAGCUGGAGAUGAAAACCAAACGAGCAAACAAGACAUAAACGGUGGAGCUUCAUGAGUCCUGAAUGUUUGUGCUCUUCCUCACAACUUCAGGCAAAUCAUUCACUCGCCAACUGAAACCAUGACAUGAUCCCCUGAAGUUCGGAAUUUUCACACUCUGUCUAAUGAGAAGCGAAGGACUCAACGUUAUCUUGGUGUUCGCAGCCAAAAUAGGGAAAGUCCAAAAAACAAAGAGUUCACCAAAACUGUGUGGGAAUUGCAAUGACUUCUGACUACAUUAAAUAUUGCCUGGUGACUUAACAUAAUUACAACAACUAUACUUAGUGUUAUGGUGAGUUGUAGUUUUAAUCCUUUCAUUUUAUUUGUCUCUAUGCUGGUUUGUCCAAAAAUAUCUUCACGUGAAAUCGGUUUUGGGCACAAAAAAAGUUGAAUCAAAGGUAAUAGGUUGUUCAAUUCAUGUACAAAAAGGGGGGGUUGGUCACAAAAAGGCUUGCAAUAUUAUAAGAUUAUUUAUUAAAUGUGACAAUUAAACAUUUUGCUACAGAUUUUAGCAAGAAUCAUGGAAGUUGAUGCACAUGAUUUGCUUUCACGGGCCACAUAAAUUGAUGUGGCAGGCCAGAUCUGGCCCCCAAACCCGGAGUUUGAUGCCAGUGGUCUUCAAGCUCUGAUCACCACCACAUUUUGUAUUGUGGAUUAGGACACUA